AUGACCAACACUACUGAGGUCUGUGUCAGCUGCGGCAAGACCGUUGGCACGAACCUCAACCGAGACAAGUGUCCGCAUUACGGCACCACCAGAUGCAAGCAGGAAAACCUAUAUGUCACGAAGAAAGUCUCUGCGAGCAACUGCUCCAAAUGCUCAAAGGAUGGGAAGAAGAGUGGAAAGAAAUGA